AUGACAAUAGCACUUUUGGAUAAUAACUAUAGGACGUCUCCCGCCGCUGACGAAGCGAAACGAUGGAUGGUAAUCGGAGCUUAUCAAGCAGGCGCAUCAGAAGGACGAAUAGCCAAGAUAUCGAAUCUCUCAAGACCUGCUGUACGUAAUAUCCUUUUGAACUACAAACGAACCGGUAGACCAUCUAUACCUGCAAAGAUACCCAAGAAAGUAAGGCAAAAAUUACUUGUGGAAUAUGACGAAAAUGGCGAAUUAGUAGUAUCUUCUGAUGAAGAGAAGGAAUGGAUAGAUAUCAGUGAUACCUCUGAAGACGAACACAAUAGUCAGUCGCAAAGAAUAAUAGUAGAUCAAGGCAAAUCUACUGGUAGUAGAUCAUCGCAUAUGAGUACGAUUUUGGACAUGAACGAUAUGCUGACAGCAGCAGCAGCCUCAGUAGAUGAUUUGCGGAUAUUGCACAGCAAUAGUAUGUCUUUCGAGGGGUUACAAAAUUGGACAAAUGUUUUCUACACACCAGUAUCAGCAACUGCAUUUGCAAUAGAAAGAAUUAUUUACCCUUCUUCUAUUCCGGCCUUUUCAACAAAUGCUAAAAAAAGAAGGUCGCCGUACUUUCCUCGGUAUCAGUCAUCGUAUAAAAAGGCCUCUAAUACCUCGUCAUCCACUUGUCCAUAUAAUCAGGAUAUUACAGGAUAUAGUAUUUGGACUCACGAGGAUGACGUUAUUCUGUUAAAUUAUGUUCUACAUCAUUUAUAUUCUGGAGGUUGGUCCCGCCUCGCUGAGUCCAGGUUUAACGGGAGGCAUACUGCACGACUUUGUUAUGACCGUUGGAAAUCUAUAAGAAGUUUAUUGUUGAAAAAUCUGACAAAAUGA